AUGAAAUUAAUUAAUAACUUAUCGAUUGAUGGACAAUUGGCCGCCAUCUGUGUAUCAUAUGAUCGUCUAGCUUUUGUUUACCGACGUUUUCCACGGAUAAAAAAAUCGACUACACAAUUAAAAAAUAUAUUGGAAUUUGAUCAUUAUUUUGCCUUGCAUAAUCAUUCUCUUAAAAACUUAGCUGAUCACGUUCGGUUGCCUUCUUCAAUUCGAUGGGUGACAGCAAUCGUAUCUUAUGGAACAGAAUCCCGAUAUCUUUUGUGUGAUCCUCGAAGUCAACAAUUACUUCUCUAUCAAGCUAUGGAUGGUGUUCUCAUUCGUCGUUUUCAUAUUGGACCAGUCAAUGCAUACUGUCUCACUGAUGGCCGACUAGUUUUAUGGAUACAAAAAGCAUAUGCCAGUUCACCAAUUGGAAAAAUACAUUUUAUUAGUACUCCUCAUGUAGAAAAGUANCGCUUAAGUAUGUAA